AUGGUGCAAGCCAAUAUUUCCAUAAUAAAUAAUGUCACAUUAAAUCGAAGAGGUUACUCUAUUAGAGGCACCCUUAUAUUAUCAUCUCACCAUUUUGUUUUCAGCUUUAAUCCUAGCCAGCUGAGUGAAGGAAAAGAAAAUAAGAAAGAAAUAUGGAUUUGUUACCCAGUUAUAGAAAGGAUAAAAAAGGCAAGAGGGUCAUCUUGGAUCAGUAGCAACAACAAUAAUAACAACAAUAACAAUAAUAAUGGUAGUUCUAAUAAUAAUCACGGUAGUUUUGCUAAUGGUGAUGGUUCAGAUAAUAAUUCGAACGAUAGUGACAACGAAAUUGACGAAAAUGGAGAAAUAGGUAGCCCUAAUAACCAAAGGCCUGAAGCGAAGCGAUUCAAGAGAAAAGAUGAAGAAUUUGACCACUAUUCUGCUUCACAUAUUAGAAUACAAUGUAAGGACUUCACAUAUUACUCAUUUGAUUUCAUAAAUGAUUUGAUAUGCUGCGAAGUCUUUCUGACAUUGAGUGCAUUGAUUACAACGCCCAAGACAACUAACGAUAUAACGGCCUUUUACGCUUACCAGUACGAGCCAAAUAUGCUUGAAGAGCGUUUGCCGUCGAAUGGGUGGGAUAUAUAUGAUCCUGUUGAAGAAUACAAAAGGCAAGAAUUGAUUAGUGAUUCCAGCAACUGGCGAAUAUCGACAGUUAACGAUGAUUACAAGUUUUGUCCUUCCUAUCCAAAUAUAUUGAUUGUACCUAAAUCAAUAUCGGAUAAUGUUUUGAAACAUGCGGGAAAAUUUCGGUCGAAGCAAAGAAUACCAUCUGUUGUUUAUAAACAUAGGUACAGUGCUAAUGGAAAUGUGAUAGCCAGAUGCUCCCAACCUUUGGUGGGACUAAAUUUGCAAAAUAGAUCAAUUCAGGAUGAGAAGUUGAUAUGUGAGAUUUUUAGAUGUCAAGAGGAAGAAAGAAAGAGCGGGUUGAGCAAUGAAAGCGACAUUAAUAGCCAGCCUCAAAAGAAUCUCAUUGUCGACUUGAGGCCAAUAACGAAUGCAAUGGCACAACAUGCCAUGGGUGCAGGCACCGAAAACAUUGAUAAUUAUAGAGGAUCCUUUUCUAAUAUAGGUGGAAAGGACAAAACAAAGAAUCUGAUUCUGGAUCAAGGAAGCUUUAGACAGGUUGAUAAAAUCUUUUGCAAUAUAGAUAAUAUUCACGUUAUGAGAGAUUCCUUGAAUAAGUUAACAUCGAUCCUUAGUGAUUUAGAUAAGUAUCCUGUUUCAAAUGAUAGCAAGGCACCAUCAAGUUAUCCUUUACUCCAACAAUCUUUAACGAAAACACAAUGGUUGCAUCGUCUAUCAAUAAUCUUGCAAUCAGUUGAUCGCAUUACGAAAUCCAUCCAUUUGAAUAAUACUAAUGUCAUCAUUCAUUGUUCGGAUGGUUGGGACAGAACCUCACAAGUCUCUGCACUUCUGCAGUUGUGUUUAGAUCCUUAUUACAGAACUUUGAAAGGAUUUAUGGUACUAGUUGAAAAAGAAUGGCUAAGUUUCGGCUAUAAAUUCUCUACGAGAGCAGAUCAUGGCGGAUGUAUUGGUGCGUCAAUUCAAAAGAAGCAAAAAAACUCACAACAGCUGUCACAGUCUACUGAAUUUUCUUCAGAGUCACCGUCACAGCUAUCUAUGGAUUCCCUUGAAGACAACGAGGCUCUCAGUUUAAAUGGGACCGGGAAAACUGUCGCCUCAUUUUUGCAAAGAGCUGCACAUCAUAUUAAGAACACAGCGGUUGCAGCAUCCUCCUCUCCAACGGCUUCAGAUAACGAGAGACAUGAAGGUGGAAAACAGUCUCUGAAGCAUACAUACAGUGAAAGUAGCGAAAAAUCACCUGUUUUUCAUCAGUUUCUUGACUGCGUGUACCAAAUAUAUCGCCAACACCCGUCAGAAUUUGAAUUCAAUAGCAGAUUUUUGAAAAGACUACUUUAUCAUUAUUAUUCAUGCCAGUAUGGUACCUUUUUAUGCGAUUCAGAACUUAUUCUGAAAAAUAUUAAUAAAGUUCAGAAUUCGACUGUCUCAGCCUGGGACUACUUCCUCUCAAGACCAAACGAAUUCAUAAAUCCAGCAUACAAAGGUGAUACCAAUGAACAAUGUGUUUUAUUUUUCAAUUAUACUGAUAUCAAAUGGUGGUACGAACUCUAUGGGAGAUCUGAUGAAGAAAUGAAUGGUCUAUCCAACUCCCUUGAUCGCAAAUUUGCACAAAUGAAAUUGGCUCAAACUCAAACUUAG